GCACUGAUAGCUCAGUGUAAAGAUCUUCAGUCACACACACAUCACAUCUGGAAGUGUGAAGCUGCUCUCAUCCAGUGACCGGUCUUCUGUUACUCCGCAGUCAUGUUGGUUUUACUCGCUGCCAUCUUCCUCCUCCACAUCGCCUGCAUCUGUCUGCUGCUGGCCGCCACCAUCCAUAACGCCUGGUGGAUGACCGACUCCAUGUCCACUGAUAUUUGGGGUCGCUGGUUGCUGAAUGGUGAAACCUGGAACUACACUGAGAUUCCUGCUCACUAUCCUAAAGAGUAUCUGCAGGCGGUCCAGGCCAGCUCUGUGCUCGCAUGCGUCUUCUGCAUCCUCGGCCUGUUCGUGUUCGUCGCGCAGCUCUACACACUACCUAAAGGAAAGCGCUUUCUGUUCACCGGAGCCUUCCAGCUGCUGGCCUGGUUGUGCAUCAUGAUCGCGGCCUCCAUCUACACGGACAUCUUCCAUAAAGACAAGGAACAGGGCUGGUACGGAGCUUCCUUCAUCCUGGCCUGGAUCUCCGUCUGUCUCACCUUCAUCUCCUGCAUCACCUACUUCAUCCUGCGCAAGAAGACGGCAUGAAGAACACACACACACACCAGCAGAUGUUUAAACACUCGUCAGAUGCUGUCGAUGACGAUCCUCUGAUCUCAGAACUGCUCAGGUUGGCCUCGAGUGUCUCAAGGCAUCUGUAGAUCAACAUAUCCAUUAUAUAGCUGAAUGUAAUCCUAGUGAGGUUCCGUGUCUAAAUACAGUGUCGUGGUUUUGUUGUAAAUGUCAUGUUUUCACUAUAGUUUAAUUGCGGGCUGUUUUACGGUCGUGUGACACGACAAGCCCCAUUUAGCACUGUUACGGGUGAUUCUUCAAUACACUACCUGACUGUUUGUUUCUGUGUUAACAUGUUUAUCACGUGUCCUGUACUAACCAUCUGAUCCACCCAAGGGUGGAUUGUGCCAAUUAAUCCAUUUAAACGUUGGUCACUGCAAAAUAUCAUUACCAUCACAACAUGAAAUAAUCAUUGGAUUGUGAUGUUGCUUUUUAAAAUUAAAUCACUUCACAAUACAUAAGAUACAUCUUAAGCAACAACGUGCACGGAGUUGGCAAUGAUCCUUUGUUUUAGUGAUCAAGUCUGGUCAUAAUUUAAGACAUUCUGAAAGACAAAAGUUUUUUCAAAUAAAUAAAAGACAUAUAUGUU